UUGGGUGACCCAUGCAUGUGUGCACAGAAAGAGCCAGUGUCCCAGGAGUGUCCUCUGGUCGGCUGCUGGUGGAGCUGGUGCCGGGUGAGGAGACUCUGCCCUGCAGGAGGCCGACAGCGGUGCACCAUCUGAGAGCUGGAGACCCCUUCUCUGAGGAGAUGAGCACUCUGUGGCUUGGAGUCCAGAGUCUGGGCUUCACGCUGGUUUGUGAGCCCCACGAGAACCUGCUGCUGGCCGAGGGAACCCUCCGCAAUUUGACCCGACACUGCCUGGAGCAGGGGAGUGAGGUUAAGAAGGCCGGCAGAAGCAGGAGGACGAUGUGAGGUCCUGGGUGACACCAGGAGAUGC